GUUGACCUGUAUAGGUUGUACCCAUCAAUAUUCGAACUAGUACGAGUGGUUCUGUCCACUUCUGUACGUAGUCCACACCACACAAUUAAUAUGGCAAUAUGCAUGUUGUUAAUUGGGGUUAUGUCAACAAGAGGAAAAGUUAUUAAUCUGGAGCAACAAGCAAAGCAGAGCAGCAGCUAGAUAUGAUGAACCAAGAGGUGGAGAUGGAGGAGAAGCAGCACCAGCUUCAAGAAUUUGAAGAAGAAGAAGAAGAAGAAGCAGAAGCAGUAAUAGUAGCGGAGAAGGCGGCGUCAGUGCGUGCGCUGUCAUCAUCGUUUCGGGCUGCGGCAACCAGGAGCCUGUCGUCUUCGUUGCGCUGGGACGGUGGCGGGGACGACGGUGCCGGAGAGGAGGAAGCUGAGCUGAGAUGGGCGGCCAUCGAGAGGCUGCCCACCUUCGACAGGCUGUGGACGUCGGUGCAGUCGUCGGAGGCGGUGGACGUGCGGCGGCUGGGGGCGGCGGAGCGGAGGGUGCUGGUGGAGAGACUGAUCGCGGACAUCCAGCGGGACAACCUCCGGCUGCUCCGGAAGCAGCGGCGGAGGAUGGAGAGGGUGGGCGUGCGGCAGCCGACGGUGGAGGUGCGGUGGCGCAACGUGCGCGUGGAGGCGGACUGCCACGUGGUUUCAGGCAAGCCGCUCCCCACGCUCCUCAACACCGUGCUCUCCGUGCAGCAGCUGCUCACCACCGCGCUGGGAUUCAGCCGCCGCCACGCAGCAAGGAUCCCCAUUCUCAACGACGUCACCGGCAUCCUCAAGCCUUCCAGGCUGACCCUCCUCCUUGGGCCCCCCGGCUGCGGCAAAACCACCCUCUUGCUCGCACUCGCAGGAAAGCUCAACAAAAAUCUCAAGGUAACCGGCGAAGUUGAGUACAAUGGUGUGAACCUCAACACCUUUGUUCCAGAUAAGACAUCGGCUUACAUUUCACAAUAUGAUCUUCAUAUCCCCGAGAUGACCGUUAGAGAGACGCUCGACUUCUCCGCGAGGUUUCAAGGCGUUGGCACCAGAGCAGAAAUCAUGAAGGAGGUCAUUAAGAGGGAGAAGGAGGCUGGGAUUACCCCCGACCCUGACAUAGAUACAUACAUGAAGGCAAUAUCUGUGGAAGGCUUAGAAAGGAGCAUGCAGACAGAUUAUAUCAUGAAGAUUAUGGGGCUUGACAUUUGCGCUGACAUUAUAGUGGGAGAUGUCAUGAGAAGAGGCAUUUCAGGUGGUGAGAAGAAGAGGCUAACCACAGGGGAGAUGAUAGUUGGACCUUCAAGAGCGCUUUUCAUGGAUGAAAUAUCAACUGGGCUGGACAGCUCUACUACCUUCCAAAUUGUUUCUUGCCUCCAGCAGCUAUGUCAUAUCUCUGAGUCUACCAUACUGGUCUCACUUCUUCAACCAGCACCAGAAACUUACGAACUUUUUGAUGAUAUUAUCUUGAUGGCUGAAGGAAAAAUUGUAUACCAUGGAUCAAAGAAUUGUAUUAUGAAUUUUUUUGAAUCAUGUGGGUUCAAGUGCCCACAAAGAAAAGGAGCUGCUGAUUUUCUUCAGGAGGUUUUGUCUAAGAAAGACCAACGACAAUACUGGAAUCGUAGUGAGGACACAUACAACUUUGUUACAGUUGACCACUUCUGUGAGAAGUUUAGAGCAUCUCAGGAUGCUCAAAAUCUUGCUACAGAGAUUUCAAAGCCUCAUGACACAUCAGAGGGACGCAAGAAUGAUUUAUCCUUCAAUGUAUACUCGCUUUCGAAGUGGGAUCUACUCAAGGCAUGUUUUGCAAGAGAAAUCCUUCUGAUGAGACGGAAUGCCUUCAUCUACAUAACAAAAAGUGUUCAGCUUGGACUACUUGCCAUUAUUACCGGAACAGUAUUUCUACGCACACAUAUGGGGGUCGAUAGAGCACAUGCGGACUAUUACAUGGGUUCUAUUUUCUAUGCACUCCUCCUCAUUUUAGUGAACGGUUUCCCUGAAUUGGCCAUGGCAGUUAGUAGACUUCCAGUCUUUUACAAACAAAGAGGCUACUAUUUCUAUCCUGCAUGGGCAUAUGCAAUACCAGCUUUUAUCCUAAAGAUUCCAAUUUCUUUAGUUGAAUCAAUAGCUUGGACAUCAAUAUCGUACUACCUCAUUGGCUAUACUCCAGAAGCAUCCAGGUUUUUCCGACAACUCUUUAUCCUAUUCCUCGUCCACACUGGAGCAUUAUCAUUGUUCCGAUGUGUUGCAUCAUACUUCCAAACGAUGGUGGCUGGUACAGUCGGUGGUACGAUGUCAUUUCUAGUCAUCCUUCUAUUUGGGGGCUUUAUAAUUCCUCGGUCAUAUAUGCCAACCUGGCUAAAAUGGGGGUUUUGGAUCUCUCCGUUGUCAUAUGCUGAGAUUGGCUUAACUGGAAAUGAGUUUUUAGCACCAAGGUGGUUAAGGAACUCGGUGAACAAUGUAACACUUGGAAGGAGGAUACUAAUGGACCGAGGGCUUGACUUCUCAAGCUAUUUCUACUGGAUAUCGGUUGGAGCAUUGAUUGGGUUUGUUUUGUUGUUUAAUGUAGGUUUCACCAUCGGCUUGACCGUUAAAAAAGCUGCAGGAACUUCUCGAGCAAUUAUAUCCCGUGAUAAGCUUGCCACAAUUAAUGAAAGUCGCAAAGAUAUGUCUAAGGACAUGGACAAGAGGAUGCCUAAAUUACAAGCAGGAAAUACUUUAGCACCUAACCAGACUGGGAGGAUGGUUUUACCUUUCACACCAUUGACGAUAUCAUUUCAAAACGUGAACUACUAUGUAGACACCCCUGCGGAAAUGAGGGAGCAAGGUUACAUGGAGCGAAAGCUACAAUUACUCCAUAACAUCACAGGAGCCUUCCAGCCAGGGAUUCUAUCAGCACUUAUGGGAGUUACUGGAGCAGGAAAAACAACCCUCCUUGAUGUUCUUGCUGGAAGGAAAACAGGUGGCUUUAUUGAUGGAGAUAUAAGAGUAGGAGGUUAUCCUAAAAUUCAGCAAACUUUUGCUAGGAUAUCAGGCUAUUGUGAACAAACUGAUAUCCAUUCUCCGCAAAUCACAGUGGGGGAGUCUGUUGCAUAUUCUGCUUGGUUGCGCCUUCCAACAGAAAUUGAUUCAAAAACAAGGAAAGAAUUUGUCAACGAGGUUCUUCACACAAUUGAGUUAGAUGAAAUUAGAGAUGCUUUAGUAGGAUUACCAGGAGUAAGUGGACUAUCUACAGAGCAAAGGAAAAGACUCACUAUUGCAGUUGAACUUGUGUCCAACCCUUCAAUAAUAUUCAUGGAUGAGCCGACAUCAGGCUUGGAUGCACGAGCAGCUGCUAUUGUCAUGCGUGCUGUGAAGAAUGUCGCACAAACAGGCCGAACAGUUGUCUGUACUAUUCACCAACCAAGUAUAGAAAUAUUUGAGGCCUUCGAUGAGUUGAUGCUAAUGAAAAGGGGCGGAGAGUUGAUCUAUGCUGGGCCACUUGGGCACCAUUCAUGUAAUUUAAUCCAAUAUUUCCAGGCAAUACCCGGGGUACCCAAGAUCAAGGAUAACUACAAUCCAUCAACUUGGAUGCUAGAAGUUACUUGUGCAUCUAUGGAAGCUCGACUAGGAGUAGAUUUCUCAAAAGUUUAUAAGGAGUCAUCCAUGUGCAAGGACAAGGAUACCCUAGUGAAGUGGUUGAGCAAACCAACUCCAGGCAUGACUGAUAUCCAUUUCCCAACACGGUUUCCACAAAAAUUUGGGGAGCAACUAAAAGCUUGUCUUUGGAAGCAAUGUUUAUCUUAUUGGAGGAGCCCUUCCUACAACUUGGUGCGGAUUAUAUUCAUGGCAGUGUCCUGCAUCAUCUUUGGUGCAUUGUUUUGGCAGAAGGGUGACAUCAACAACAUAAAUAACCAACAAGGUAUAUUCACUAUAAUGGGGUGUAUGUAUGCAACCACUGUCUUUGCUGGCAUCAAUAAUUGUCAAUUGGUGAUGCCCUUCAUCUCCAUUGAGCGUUCUGUUGUAUAUAGGGAGAUGUUUGCUGGAAUGUACUCCCCUUGGGCAUACUCCUUAGCACAGGUUGCCAUGGAGAUCCCCUAUGUGAUGGUGCAGAUAGUAUUAUUUAUGUCCAUAUCUUACCCGAUGAUAGGGUAUGCAUGGACACCAACCAAGUUCUUUUGGUUUAUAUACACCAUGGUUUGCACACUGCUAUACUUCCUUUACCUAGGAAUGAUGAUAGUGUCACUCACCCCUAAUAUCCAAGUGGCGUCAAUAAUGGCAUCCAUGUUCUACACCUUGCAAAACCUCAUGUCUGGCUUCAUUGUGCCUGCACCACAAAUACCAAGAUGGUGGAUAUGGUUGUACUACGCUUCCCCCUUGUCAUGGACGCUCAACGUUUUUUUCACCACACAAUUCGGAGAUGAGGAUCAGGAGAUUUUCGUAUUUGGACAGACCAAAACUGUUGCAACCUUCCUCAGUGACUACUUUAGUUUCCAUCGUGACCUACUACCACUAUCGGCCAUUAUGUUGGCCAUGUUCCCUACUCUUUUCGCCAUCCUUUUUAGUCUCAGCAUCUCCAAACUGAACUUCCAAAAGUGAUAGAUGACACAAAAAUGUCAUCUAUUCUUUACUUUUCACAUAUAUGUAUACAUAUAUAGUUAGACAUACUGAAACCUAUUAUACAUAUAAACUAAUUGGAACAUGAACCAUGUUCGCCUUC